AUGGAUAGUGAUUAUAAAUAUAAUAAAUAUAAGAACUCUCAUAAGAUUCAAGAUAAAACUAAACCUCAUCCUCCAGCUUCAAAUCUCUAUAUUAGAAAUAUCGAUAGACCUGUCAAUGAAAGAGAUUUUCUUGACUUAUUUUCAAAGUAUGGUAAAAUCAAAAAUCAUUCAAUUGUUGAAACUCAUCCAAAAGGACCAUAUGCAUUUGUCGAAUAUGAAACACUUGAACAAGCCGAUGAAGCUAAAGAAUCAUUAAAUAAAGCUACUUUCAAAGGAAAGAAAUUAUUUAUAGAUUAUGCUUCAUCUUAUAAGAAUCCAGCCAAACCAAAUAAUUUUAAUUAUAAUUAUGAUAGCAAUGAUUCUAAUAAUUCAACAAACUCAUCAUCAUCAUCAUUAUCAAAUAGUAAUAGUUACUCAAAACCAUAUGACAAUCAUAAUAAUAAUAGUUAUAAUAACAACAACAAUAAUAAUAAUAAUUCAUCUUAUUUUAGUGUAAAUAGUAACUUUCCUAAGUCAAGAUUAUAUGUUGGUGGUUAUAGUGAAAAUACAUCACCAAGUGAAUUAUUACAAUUGUUUCAAGAAAUUGGUCCAAUUAUGAAAAGUCAUUUCGAUGAAAAGAAAUAUUUUGCAUUCAUUGAGUAUCAAUCAAGUGAAGAUGCUGAAAAAGCAAUCGAUAAGUAUCAUCAAUGGGAUUUUCAUGGUAAAUUUUUAAAAGUUAACUAUGCAAAUGCUCCAGGUUCUCGUGGUUAUUCACCUUCAAGAGGUAGAACAAGAUCAGCUUCACCAAGUAGAAAAAGAAUAAGAUAUGAAAAUGAUAAUGAAAGAAGUAGAUCAAGAAGUCCAAAUAAAUAUAAUUAUAAUAAUAAUAAUAAUAAUAAUAGUUAUAAUAGCAAUAUUAAUAAUAACAAUAAUAAUAAUAGUAACAAUAAUAGUAAUAAUAAUAGUUAUUUUUCAUCGUCAUAUUUAAAUAAUUAUAAAGAAAGAGGCACAACUAGAGAUGAUACUAAUUAUAACAAUAAUGGUUAUAAUAAUAAUAAUAAUAAUAAUAACAAUAAUUAUAAUAGUAAUUAUAAAUCAAAUAACAACAAUAAUAAUUUAAGAAACUCUUCAAAUUAUGUUGAUAGAGGUAGAGAAAGAAGUAAAAGUCCUCCAAAUGGGUUGGUUAAUGGUUCUUCAAGUCGUGGUAGAUCAAGAUCUAGAAGUAAUUCAAGAUCAAGACUAACUCCAACCAAAGAUCCACAUUAUCAUACUAAUAAUAGUAAUAGUAGUAAUAAUAGUAAUAGCAACUAUAAUAAUAACUAUAAAAAUAAUAAUAACAUAAAUAAUAAUUAUAAUAAUAGAAGAAAUACAGUCGGUGGUUAUAAUAAUAAUAAUUAUAACAACAAUUAUAAUAAUAAUAAAUCUUAUGAUAAUAAUAAUAUUAACAAUAAGAGAUACAGCUAUAAUGGCAAUAAUAAUAAUAAUAAUAAUUAUCAUUAUCAUAACAAUAAUAAUAAUAAUAAUAAUAACAAUAAUAAUAUUACUAAUAAUAAUAAUAAUAAUAAUAAUAAUAAUAAUGACGAUAAUGAAAAAGAUAGAGAUAGAUCAAAAUCAAGAUCAAGAACAAGAUCGAGAUCAAGAUCAAGAAAUAAUGAAAGGUUAAACUCUUCUUCAAUCUCAGCAAAUGUAAAUAGUAGUAGAUUAAUUAAUAGCUCGGCUGAAGAUUUGGACUCGAAUAAGAGACAAAUUUCUAUUUUGUCAAAUGAUAAUACCAUCAAUGAUACACCAUCAAUUUCUUUAACUAAAACUAGUAGUUUCAAUGACGAUAACGAUUUCAUUGAUAAUAAAUCUGAUAAUGAUGAUAGAGAUAAAGAUUAUAACAGUAAUAAUAUCAAUAAUAGUAAUAGAAAUAGUAUUAAUAAUAAUAAUUAUAAUAUGGAUAUGGAAUAUAAUGAAAAUAAUAGUAGUGUGAAAAAUAGCAAUGAUGAUAAUAUUGGUAAUAACAAUAAUGAUUAUAAUAACAGUCAAAAAGAUGAUAAUGAAGAAAAUGUUUAUCAAGAAUUUGAUGAUAUGAAUGUUGAUGUUAAAACUGAUAAUUAUGAUCUCAAUCCUGUCAUUGACGAAAAUCAACAAGAAAAUGAUCAAAUGAAAGAUGAAAAUGGUCAAGAAGUUAAUGAUAAUAAUAAUUAUUAUAUUAAUAACAAUAAUAGUAAUAAUGAUGAUGAUAAUAAUAUUAAUAAUAUUAAUAAUAACAACUAUGAAAACAAUCAAAGCAACGAUAAUUUAACAAUCAUUGAUAAUAUCAAUAAUAAUGAAGAUAAUGAAAAUAAGGAUAAGAUUGAAUCAAUUGAUAUGCCAACUGAGGAAAACAAAGAUUUCAUUGAAUCAACAGAACAACAAAAAGAAGAUAGUCAACAAAAAGAAAAUAGUCAACAAAAUGAAGAACCUGUACAAAAUUCAAAUCAAUUUGGUAGUACAAAUACUACUCCAAUUAUUUCAGAAACUAAAAUUGAUUCAUCAUCAAAUGCUAUUGAAAAAGCAAUUGAAAAGGAUGAAAAAUCAGUUGUUCCUUUAUCAUCAUCAUCAACAACAAUACCACCAACCACCACAACUACUGUUUCAAACAUAUCUAAUAAGUCAAAUGAAAAUAGAAUAUUAAAUAGAAAUAAUAAUAAUAAUAAUAAUAGUCAAAAUAAUAAUAAUAAUAAUAAUCAACAAACAGAUUUAACAGGUGAUUUUAAUAAAUUUAAAGAAUUAAUUACAAAGAGUAGUUUUUCAUUGAUGACAGAAAUUCAAAAGAAAAAUAGUUCACAUAGUAAGAAUUCGGAAAAUAAAAGAAAAGAAAUGGAUUCAUUAAAGAAUGAAGUCCAUAAUUUGAAAAAGGAUGUAUUGGGUAAACAUGAUUAUUUAUGGAAGAAAUCAGAGAGUGAAAUGGAUAAGAGAUUCGCAUUGUUAGAUAAGAAACUGAAUGAAGAUAUCAUAAAGAGAAUGAAUAACUUUGAAAAUCGUAUUUUGGAUGGUUUCUCCUCAUUGUUGGAUAAUGUUCAAGGUCAAUUAGGUUCAUUUAAAAAUGAUAUUCAACAAGUAAAGAAUGAUGUACGUUCAAUUGAAUCGAAUCAAAACUUUAAAUUGGAUCAAAUUAUGUCUGAAAUUAAAAAUCUUAAAGGUUCAAUCGGUGCAAAUGCAACCACCUAUUAUAAUAAUCAUUUGUAUACAAGCGAUAACUUUUCAAAACUUUUCGAUAACGUUAAAAAGUUGGGUGAUGAUAUUCAACAAAAACAAACUCAACAAUUACAAUUACAAUUACAAUUAAAUCAACAACAACAAAAUAAUCAGCAGCAACAACAAUCUGGCCAACAAUCAUCGAAUCAACAAAAUAGUUCAAACUCUACCUCUGGUUCAAGUGUAGGUGGAGCAUUUAUGAAAAAACUUUAUCCAAUUGAUGCUUUAUCUAAUAAAAUUUUUAGUGUCGAGAGUAAAUUGGAUAAUUUGGAAUCUUUUAUGUCUGAUUUCAAAAAUGAUAUCGUUAGUCAAGUUCAAAAUGCAAUUUCAACUUCAAAUAAUAAUAAUAAUAAUAAUAAUAAUAAUAAUAAUAAUAAUACCACCAAUGGUACAAUUGAAACUUCCAAAGAUCAAAUCUCAUCUCCCUUAAGCGAUGAAGAAACUGCACCAACUCCAACCCCAAAAAGACCUGGUAGAAUACCAAGAAAAUUAAAAAAUAAAGAUUAA